CUCUUGGCUGUCGAAUUCAUUCCGACUUAAAUGAAAACGACCCGGUAGGACAGGUCGGGCCGGCCCCGUAGGGCUUCCGAGGCUGGCAUACUGAGGGAAGCAGGCUGCCAAAUCUGUCUCCUGCACAGCGCCCGAAGCUCGCAUUAGAAGCCAUGAAAACAAGAAACAGUUCUAGAGCUCAAGUGCCUGAGCAGAAAUCCCGCAUUGAUUGGAAGCGAACUAAAAGGAGGACCUCACUAUUCGUGGACAGUGAGGAAGAGUUCGACAGUGAUGGAGAGUUUGACCCUGGUGAAGAGUUGGAGAGUAAUGAAAGUGCUAAUAAUAAUGAAAGCAUUAACAACAGUGAAGAACUUGAUAGUGACGAAGGGCUUGAUGGCAUUAAAACAGCCGAAAAUGAGAGCAAGCAUACAUUAAUUAACGUGGAUUGUGAAGGAGACCGCAGUCAGCGUCUCAUGAACACUGGCAACCCUUCAGUCUGCGUAGAAGACAAGAGCCAAAGUGAACAUGUGAGCAUGGACUUACCCAAUCCUGAAAGGGGCCCCACUCGGGAGGGUGACGAUCUCAGCAGACACCCUGGACAGCUGCCAGAGGAGGAUUUGGAAGAACACAUCCAGCGAGGGAGGAGGAAACGGAUGUGCACGAAGGUGGUAGACAGCGACGAGAGUGACAGCAGUGACGUCGUGGUCGGGAAAAGAUGCGCCAAACAUCCACGGAGAGUGAUGGAAGAUGAAGGCUGCUCGAUGGAGCUGGACCAAAAUAGCCCGGAGAAAACUGCAGCAGCACGAAGAAAGCAACGGCUCCAGAAGCUGCGCGAACUCUCUGAAGGAAGAGCGCGUCAGAGCCGCAACAGUGGCAGAGAUUCUGAGGCCUCUGAAAAGGAAUCCUGUUCAAGUAAUGAUAAAGAUGAUGAUGAAGUAGAGGAUUAUGAAUCUGAUGAAAAUAGCAGUGAUUAUAUUACUGAUGGUUUUGUAGUACAAGAUGAAGAGAAUGAUAGCCAAGGAGAAGACAAGCAGGAUUCCUUUUAUUCUUUUAAUGAACCCUAUACUCAUUUUGAAAGAGUUGUGAAAGCUCUGCUGAUCAGUGCUGUAGAUGACUCUUUUCUUGGAAAAUUGUAUGCUGACCCCGGUCAAAGCUGCUUGCAGAGGACGUGGGCGUCUGCGCAAGAUAUGCUGACAUCUCUUCAUUAUUUGGAUGACCAUUUGAUUCAGCCUCGUUUAAGGAAUUUAGUUUCUAGAAGUUGGAGUGACAAAUAUAAGGAGCGGGUGGAAAGUUACUCCACUGCAGCAAUUCAAGAUACUUACCCCGAGGAUCGUACAUGCCAUGCUUGUGGAUUAUCUCGCCACUGUGCAUACUACGUGCAAUUAUCAGGAGAGUUGUAUGAUAUCCGUACUAUGGAAAUAGAUGAUUUCAUGUCACAUGAUAAGCAGGUGUUCAUCGUGGGUAGAAUCUGUGCUUCUCGUACAAGCAUUUAUCAUCAACUGAAACAUUUUAAAUUUAAGCUUUACAAAGAAUGUUGCUCCAUUGCAAAAAAAGAGGACGUGGAAGACGACCAGAUUGAAGAAACAGUGGAAAGAGUUUUCAACCAGUCCAAAGAAAAUGGCUGGAUUAAGGAGAAAUAUGAUCAACUUGAAAAGUGCCUUAGUUCUGCAGAUUUCUUUUCGGAAGAGAAGUGUGGCUGAAUUGUAGCCCUUGUCCUCCAGAGAAGAUUUUAUAAAUUACUCUAAAUGUGAAAAUCAUGAAGCUUGCUUACCUGAAUCAUGUUCCAUGUGUUUAUGUAUUAAUUGUGUAUCUUUAUGACAAAAUAACUUUUUAAAACAUGCACUUGUGGUAUUUUAAUUCCCAUGAAAUGGGACUCCGCAGUUUAGUAGCACUUUUAUAUGCUGAACAAACAAAAUCUGAUGAUAUUUUUCUCCCCAAAAUCCUUUUAUUGGGGGCUCUUACAACCCUUAUAACAUUCUUAAGACUCUUGAAGGCAUUAAAUUUAUUUCAAAAUUAAUAACAGUGACUGUCAAGUGAAUGAGAUGAUGUGAGGGUGUUCUAGAAGGAAGAGAAUGUUUUGAAACUGAUUGUGAUGGCAAUUGUACAAUAAUACUUGAUGUGAUUGAACUAUGUAAUGAUACUCCCAACCCAAAUGAUUUUGAAAAGAAAACAAUAUAAUUAUUUAGUCUAACAUCUAUAUAUACUAAUUGCUUUUAAUCUCUAUUUAUUACCCAUCUGCAGUAUUAAACAGACUCGACUAAUGUAUUUUGACCACUAUCAUUGGCUAAAUCAGUGGGCCAUAGAAGAAGCCAUAGUAUAUUAUUCAAUUCACUCCUGUUAUCUGAGAAUCAACUGAACUUACCUAUUCUAAGUAGAGGUAUGUUUUUUUCCUUUUGCUAAAGUUUCCUUUAGAAAUUGGUUUCAGAUCGCCAGAGUCUGUCUAUCCUCAUAUUCGGGAAUAACUUUGUAAUAGGUAUAUUGAUACUUCAUAAUGUUCUUUAUAUUUAAUUUUAUCUAGAUGCUAAUAAUGAAAAUUAUUUUAUUUAUUUUUUAUCUACAACUUUCCCCUUAUGCGCACAAAAGAUCAGAGAAAAAACUUUAGCUAAAAUAUGUUUAAAUCAUAUUUUAGAAAGCAUCAUCUUGCACACCUAAGUUCUCACUUAUUUAAGUAAACUGAACAGUUCCAGAGAAGUAAAAUAGACCCUGUUUGUACUGCAUUUUUAAUUCCUACAAGGGAUGUUUUAGCAAGAGCUAUUCUGGGGAACUUUAGAUUCUUGUGUCUUAUUGGAAAUGUUGUCGACCUAUCUUCAUCUACUAAGUAGUUCAUAGCAUGCACCUCAGUGUGUGUAUACUUAUAAAACUGCAAUUUGUUAAAUCUUUACUUGGAGAUUACUUAAUGUUUUCUACAACUCAUAUCCUAAAAUCAUCUCUUAUUAUUGUAAAUAAACUGGAUAAAACAAACAUACCAAAAAAAACAAUACUCAAAAUUGAUAACAUGCUGAAGUUUAAUUUGUGGGGUUCAGCAAACGUAAAAAUAGAAAUUUGAGUCACGGAGCUCUAUCUGGAUUCACAUUUUCCUGGCAUAUGGGAGUAAUCCUGCAAGGACUGUGACUUAUUUAAUGUGGCUCUUCCAGCCAAACUCUCUUCACUCUCACCAAAAGACCUUUCCCCUUAUGGAUCUGGUAAGAACGUUGGAGAACAUACUGAUAAGGAUCUCCUGUGAGUAUUUGGAACAAGAGUCCCUGGAGUGUUGUCCUGCUGUGUACAAAAAGCCCUCUGAGAAGCAGGAGGAAUCUCAUUACCAACAAGAGCACGGAGUUGGAGCACAUCCUCUGGACCUGAGAUC